AUGCAGGCGGCGAGGAAGUCGGCGCCGACGACGGGCGGCGUGAAGAAGCCGCACAGGUACAGGCCCGGGACGGUGGCGCUGCGCGAGAUCCGCAAGUACCAGAAGAGCACGGAGCUGCUGAUCCGGAAGCUCCCCUUCCAGCGCCUGGUCCGCGAGAUCGCGCAGGACUUCAAGACGGACCUCCGGUUCCAGAGCCACGCCGUGCUGGCGCUCCAGGAGGCCGCCGAGGCCUACCUCGUGGGCCUCUUCGAGGACACCAACCUCUGCGCCAUCCACGCCAAGCGCGUCACCAUCAUGCCCAAGGACAUCCAGCUCGCCCGCCGCAUCCGAGCGGCGAGCGCGCGUGAGCGUGUCGUCACCGUCGUCACCACCAGCGUCCCGGCGGAGGUGGGGAAGAGCCGUCGGCUUGUUGAUCCCCGCCCGUGUUUAGUGGAUCUCAUGAAGAACUUAGUUGGCUAA